ACUAGAGUACAGAGUCUGUCAGGUACAAUCCCAGAAACUGUUUUUGACAAUUGUGAUGUCUAAUGAAAUCUAUGCCAAUGUAGAGUUUGAUAAUGACAAUGUUGAGGAUCUUUAUACCAAUUAUGAGAUCAUCAAUUCUCAUGACUCCAGAAGCAAGACAAAGGACGUCUCCACAAAGAGUAGACCACUGGCUACGAACCCAGGUACUGAGAGCUCAGAGAGGAGAUCCACCAGAGAUGCUGCAGUGUGUCUGGGGCUGCUGUGUGUUCUCCUACUGUCUGGGAUCAUAGGCUUGUUUGUCUAUUAUAAUGGAGUGAUGGGCAGUUCUGAAGAGAACAUCUUAGUUUAUAAAACCAACUCCUCAGCUGAACAAAACCAGUUGCAGACCAGGUACAACUCCAUGACUAAAGACAGGGACCAGCUCUGGGUUGAGAGAGCCGAGUUCCAGACCAGGUACAACUCCAUGACUAAAGACAGGGACCAGCUCCAGGUUGAAAGAGACGAUCUUCAAGCAAAGCUCUCGGUGGUAGUACAAGACACACAACAGGGAUGGAGGUAUUACAAGUCCAGUUUUUACUUGACCUCUACUGAGAAGAAAACCUGGGAGGGGAGCAGAGAGGACUGUCUGAGUAGAGGAGCAGAUCUGGUGGUAAUAAACAGCAGAGAGGAAUAUGUAUUUAUCCAUGGAUUGAAUAAGGAGACGUUCUGGAUUGGUCUGACUGACCGAGUUGAAGAGGGGAUCUGGAAGUGGGUGGACAGCACAGCACUGACCACAGGGUACUGGGGCAAGGAACAGCCUAAUAAUCAGAACGGAAUGGAGGAGGAUUGUGCUGCGCGAUGGUCCGAUCUUUCUACCACAGACAACGGCUGGCAUGAUGCACCGUGCAACGAAUUGCACUUUUGGAUAUGUGAGAAAACUGCAUUCCUGUAACUGAACUGUAACCAAAAUAGCUAAUACAGCAAAUUAUGCCUCUGUCACAUUUAUUUCCAGUUUAACAUACCAGUGCUUAAGUUUUCCUUUUCAUUUAGAACGAUUUUCUAAGUUGUAUGUAUUUGGUAACACUUAAAUAUC